AUGGUGAUGCCAUACUUUUCCGUGCAAUUUGCUCGGACGAUCAACAUUUUCAACCAGCCUCCUGCGGUAUUGGACCCUGUGUCCCACAAUUGGUACGCAGCUUACAACGAGCCCUUUAUCGCCGCCAGCGUGACCAACCUCUGCAUGCUGAUGCAAGCACUCAGCGUCUUCUGGCUCUUGCAGGCGAUUGGAGCCUCCUGGGCCUUUGCUAAAGCGGGUGAGCUGCUGACACUCCGAGUCCGAGCGCGCUUCUUCGAGGCCCUCCUCCGCCAGGAGAUCUCCUGGCACGACAAGCAGGGCACUGCUCAUUUGCUGUGGAAGCUCGGCGCCGACGUUCCGAGCCUGAAGCUUCUCGUGGGCGCCAACAUUGCAGCCGCUGCCAACUUUGGAUUCACAACAGUCAUCGGAGUGGGGGUGGCAAUGUACUUCAGCUGGCGUUUUUGCCUCUGCAUACUCAUAUUGAUACCACUGCUGGGCAUCAGCGCGAUUGGUGUCGGACUGAACAUGCGCAAGAUCGAUGGCGACUACUCCAGUGGAGUGGUGUCCGAGGCCGUGAACUGUGUGAAGACUGUGACAGCCUUCGGAUUGCAGGGUCGGCUCAUGGAAAAGUAUGAGACCAAACUCGAAAGCCACAUGGAAGACGAACAGCGCAUUCGACGCAUCUCCGCCCUGGGAACCGGAGUUGCAUCCGCGGGUGUUUUCAUGAUCCUGGCCAUGGCAGUUUUUGGCAUCAACGUGUUUAUCUCCUGGGGCAUGAUGCAGGUGGACAUAGCCACAAUUGUGAUCAUGGUUUUGGUCACCACCGUCAGUGCUUUUGGUGAACUUGCACGCCUUGUCACCGACACCAGCUUGCCUCAAGAGUCGGCUCGCCGGGUCUUCAACAUCAUCGCGAGGAAGUCCAAGAUCGACCCCUUCUCCGACGAGGGCCUCAAGCUGCAGCAAGUGAGUGGCAAGGUAGAGUUCCGCAAGGUCCAUUUCCGCUACGCAACGCGGCCGAACCUUGCCGUCUUCAACGGGCUGAGCUUCACCAUCGAGCCAUGUACAACAACUGCACUCGUGGGACCCAGUGGCUGUGGCAAGAGUACGGCUGUUAGUCUGCUGCAGCGCUUCUAUGAUCCACUCGAUGGAUGCAUCCUCUUUGAUGGCCACGACUUGCGCAACUUGAAUUUGGCCUGGCUUCGAGCGCAAAUGAGCAUGGUACAGCAGGAGCCGAUCCUUUUUUCGCGCAGCAUUUUGGACAACAUCCGCUACGGGCAGCAGGAGGCAACCAUGGAGGAGGUCGAGGCUGCCGCGAAGGCUGCCAAUGCCACGGACUUCCUGAACACCAUGCCCCAGGGCUUCAGCACACAGGCAGGCCAUCGUGGCGCACAGUUGAGUGGCGGACAGAAGCAGCGCAUCGCAAUCGCUCGCGCUUUGCUGCGUGAUCCGGCUGUCUUGCUGCUCGAUGAAGCCACGAGUUCGUUAGAUGCCGUCAGCGAGCGCUUGGUGCAGGAUGCACUGGACAGGCUGGUGAGAUCCAAACCACGCACAACCAUCAUUAUCGCGCACAGGUUGUCCACCGUCCGAAGUGCCGACCAGAUUUGCGUCUUCAGCCAUGGCGAGAUUGUAGAAACGGGCAGACAUGAACAGUUGAUGGAACUGGAUGGCCACUACUCGAAGCUGGUGGCAGCUCAACA